AUGGAGUUGGCCAAGGAUGAAGAGCUGCUUUAUCAAAAUACCUAUGUUAAACAUCGCAAAAUGAUGGGUACCUUCUUUUUAUCGACAAAGCGAAUUGUUUGGAAAGCCAGUGAUAAUGAUGAGCUACAGUUAUGUAGUUAUUAUCCGGAGAUUAAAAUGCAAAAAAUAAGCCCUGAUACCAGCUCCAAAGUGCAAUUGCAAUUGCAGCUCCACAACGGGAAUUCAUUCAAUUUCCACUUUGCCAAUAGCGAUAGUGCUAAAACAGAACGAGAUCAAGCGAAAGAUUUUGUACAACAGCUGUUAAUUAAAAGUCGAAAGAAACCUUCCAAAGAAUUAGAAGAAAAAAGCAGGCUAUUAAAGGAAAAUCCUGAAUUGUACCAAUUAUACAAAGAUUUAGUAGUUGGAAAUAUUAUAAGUGCUGAGGAAUUUUGGUCUAAUCGUUCUGGUAUGCUCACUUCGUCAUCAGGCCAAAAUAUUGGAGUUUCUCCAGAAUUCUUGACUGGGGCCAAUGUUAAUGUUUCUGGAUGUAAUACAUUAAAGUAUAAUUUAAGUGCCGAUAUGAUAGAAUCAAUAUUUAAGACGUAUCCGAAAGUUAAGAAAAAGCAUAUAGAAUGUGUUCCUGACAAGAUGAAUGAAGGAGAAUUUUGGACAUUAUUUUUUCAAUCGCAAUAUUUUCAUCGUAACCGAGCAAGCACAUCGAAUAAUGCCGCCAACGAACUGUUCGGAAGUGGUGCAAGCAAGGACUUUAAUGAUUACUUGCAAAAAAAUGCCCGGAGUGAGCGUGAUCCGUUAUUAGAUUUAACGAAAUCGAAUACAUUUUUAGAUGAGGCAUUUGGCACUAAUGAUAUAGAUGGACAAUCAGCCGCCACUACCAGUAAUGCCCAAUUACUACAGCAAUUUAAUCAUCAGAGCUAUGUAAUACUUCAUUCUGGCGAAAAACGCAUCAAAGAUAUAAGAGAUACACUAUUGAUUAGAGUUAUAUACGUACUCGUGCAUAGUGACAAGGAACAAAACGAUUCAGACACACAAAAAGAUAGAAAGAAGAUCAAAUUACGUGAAGCCGUAAGUUAUGAUGAAUUGCACGGGAAAGAUGCUGAUCUUGGGCCGAAGUUAGCAUUGAAAAACACACAGGUUUAUGCCCAAGGACCAACAGUUCCAAUUCAGGAUGUUACAGUAAUAUCACAAAGCGAUGUUGAAGUAGCUACAUCUAAUCUUAAAUCAAAACUAAAGAAUUGGUCUGCUAACCUUGUUGAGUGUAUCAGCAGUGAGGCAGCGUGUAAGGCUGUAAACGAUUUAAGUCCUAAUGGUGCUUUAAUGAAGUCUGUGUUACAAGUAAACUUAACUCAAUCGGUCAGCCAGUCACUGCAGGAUGACCUUAAAAAACAUUACUUUGCCUUGGGAGAAUUACUCCGACAUUUUUGGUCUUGCUUUCCCGUACAAUCGAAAGGCUUAGAAGAAAAGGUUGAGAGAAUGGCCGCUGCAAUCUCAAAGUAUAAGUCUAGUAAUUUACAGCGACUUAAGGCCUCUUUAACUGAAGAACACUCGCAUCUUGCCGAUCAUUUACUGGAGAUGAUUAACGUCGCAAUAAAUAAAUAUAAAGGAUGGCAAGAUCGACAGCGUAAUAUUCGAUCAAGAUGA